AAGAGGCAGAUGGUCACCAUUCCAAAAUAUAUAGUCUGCUUACAAUCCUUGUUCACAUUGAUACUAGUUCAUCAAAAACAAGAGCAGUUGAGAGCCAUUUGAUCCAAUAUAGCGCAAAGCUGAAAGUUGGUUUUUGCAGUACCUGUUAUUAGCGAAUUCCACCACCGGACCCUCGCCGCAGGCACAAGCAAAGAGCGCAAAAAAGAAAAGCACGACGGUCCGGCCCCACGAUUGCGUGAUCGAAGCUCGAAAACGCAACUUUUGGCGCCGAGGAGAAAAAACACUGACACAGCGACUCGAGUAAAAAACGGCUGCCGGAACUGCGCGCUUUUUUUUGUUUCUUCCUUCAUCAUCACCACCUUCUUGUUCUUCUCUUUUCACACACACAAAAAUCACCGCAGCAAAAUGGCAAACCCUCCUCACGGUGGCGUCCUCAAGGACCUCUUCGCCCGCGAUCUGCCCCGCCAAGCAGAGCUGCUCGCUGAAUCCGAGACUCUCCCCGCCCUCACACUGACUGAGCGUCACCUUUGCGAUCUCGAGCUCAUCCUCAACGGUGGCUUCUCUCCUCUCGAGGGCUUUAUGACUGAGAAGGACUACAAUGGUGUCGUCAAGGAUAACCGCCUCGCCGAUGGCCUCCUCUUCUCCAUGCCCAUCACUCUCGAUGUCGACCAGCAGCAGAUCGAUGCCCUUGGCAUUAAGCCCGGUGCCAGACUCACCCUCCGCGACUCUCGCGACGACAACAACCUCGCCAUCUUGACCGUCGAGGAUGUCUACAGACCCGACAAGGUCAACGAGGCCAAGCUCGUCUUUGGCUCCGACGACGACACCCACCCCGGCAUCAAGCACCUCCUCAGCACCGCCAAGGAGUUCUACGUCGGUGGCAAGCUCGAGGCCAUCAACCGUCUCCAGCACUACGAUUUCCUCGACCUCCGCUUCACCCCCGCUGAGCUCCGCGCCCACUUCAACAAGCUCGGCUGGCAAAAGGUUGUUGCCUUCCAGACCAGAAACCCCAUGCACCGUGCUCACCGUGAGCUGACGGUCCGCGCCGCCCGCUCUCAGCAGGCCAACGUCCUCAUCCACCCCGUCGUGGGCAUGACCAAGCCCGGCGACAUUGACCACUUCACCCGAGUCCGCGUCUACAAGGCCCUCCUCUCCCGCUACCCCAACGGCAUGGCCGCUCUCGCCCUGCUGCCCCUCGCCAUGCGUAUGGGCGGCCCCCGCGAGGCCCUCUGGCACGCCAUCAUCCGCAAGAACCACGGCUCUACCCACUUCAUUGUCGGCCGUGACCACGCCGGCCCCGGCAAGAACAAGGCCGGCAAGGACCACUACGGCCCCUACGACGCCCAGGAGCUUGUCCAGAAGUACCAGGACGAGCUGGCCAUCAAGAUGGUCGAGUUCCAGGAGAUGAUCUACAUCCCCGACCGCGACGAGUACAUGCCGGCCAACGAGAUCCCUGAGGGCACCCGCACCAUGAACAUCUCCGGCACCGAGCUCCGCUCCCGCCUCCGCACCGGCAAGGACAUCCCCGAGUGGUUCUCCUACCCCGAGGUCGUCAAGGUCCUGCGCGAGCAGAACCCUCUUCCCAAGGAAAAGGGCUUCACCAUCUUCAUGACUGGUCUGGCCAACAGCGGCAAGGAGCAGAUUGCUCGCGCCCUCCAGACUACCCUCAACCAGGGUGGUGGCCGCCCCGUCUCCAUGCUUCUUGGUGAGACUGUCCGUUCCGAGCUCUCUGCUGAGCUCGGCUUCAGCAAGGCUGACCGUGAUGUCAACAUUGGCCGUAUUGCCUUUGUUGCUUCUGAGCUCACCCGUGCCGGCGCUGCUGUUAUCGCCGCUCCCAUUGCUCCUUUCGAGGCUGCCCGCCAGGCUGCCCGUGAGCUCGUCGAGAAGGCCGGUCCCUUCUUCCUCGUCCACGUCGCUACCCCCAUUGAGUACUGCGAGAAGACGGACCGCCGCGGUGUCUACAAGGCCGCCCGCUCCGGUGAGAUCAAGGGCUUCACCGGUGUCGAUGACCCUUACGAGGCCCCCCAGAACGCCGACCUUGUUGUCGACGUUGAGAAGCAGAGUGUCCGCUCCAUUGUUCACCAGAUUAUUCUGCUGCUCGAGAGCCGUGGCCUCCUCGACCGCCUAUAAAUGAGAAAGGACGGUUCGAUAGACGGUGGAAUAUUUUCUUCUUUUUGGGAAUACAUGGUUUCCUUUUUACGUUUAGCUUAAAAAUGUUAUUCUGGGCGUUUAGAACGACAAGAACAAAAUACAAUAAUGAUUUUAUGCCUUUC